AUGGAAAUGCCCUCGUGUGUUCACCGUAGUCCUGUAACAACGUGUUUGUUACUUUUUACCUUCGUAACUAUAGUUUUCGCUGCUACGGACGGAUCAUCUGGGAAAAAUUCUGCAAGUGAAACUGUUAGUUCUGGCGCGACAGAAGAACUGAAGACUGAAAUAUUGUACACUCCAGAAGUGUGUGACGUAAAGUCUAAGAACGGUGAUAUGCUUACGAUGCACUACAAAGGAACACUUCAGGAUGGAACAGCUUUCGAUUCCAGCUAUGACCGUGACCAGCCAUUCACCUUCCAGCUGGGUGUUGGCCAGGUGAUCAAGGGCUGGGACCAAGGGCUCAAGGACAUGUGUGUCGGCGAGAAGAGGAAACUCACCAUUCCCCCUCUGCUAGCUUACGGCGACCGCGGAGCUGGCAGCGUUAUUCCACCAGGUGCCACCCUCACGUUCGAAGUGGAUCUGAUCAACAUUGGUGACACCCCGCCACCGGUGAACGUGUUUAAGGAGAUUGAUGCCGACAAAGACCUCGUCCUUUCCCGCGAAGAGGUGAGUGAAUACUUGAAGAAGCAGAUGGUCGCCGCGGAUCAGGAAGGUGUUGCCGAGAGUGAAGAAGUGAAGAGGAUGUUGGAAGACCAUGACAAGUUGGUUGAAGAGAUUUUCCAGCAUGAGGACAAAGACAAGAAUGGCUUUAUCUCGCAUGAUGAGUUCUCAGGACCAAAACAUGACGAACUCUGAAACGUUCCUGGGGUCAGAGAAUGAAAUUCCCAGUGGGUGUUGAAUAAACGGUGCACACUUUUACAAUGAAAUUAAUUUCUUGGGGAGAAAAUAAUACACGAAACACGACUUUGUCAGAAUCAGGAGACUGAAAGGGGUUCUGAUGAUUUACCAGAGAUUAUUACGCGCUCUCUCAGUGCAACGAACCACGAAGACGUACAACCAAACACUUUGACAUCAUCUUCAUGUUUUGUACAUAUUUUAGAUGUGAUACUGGCAUUUAAGUACUUCAACAUUUA